AUGUACUUCCCGCUGCGUGGAAAGUGUUCACUAGACAGAGCCCAAGACUGUCGCACAUGUGCCCCAAGAGCGGCCCGUUGUCAUUCGUGGGCUCAGCAUCCUGGCGUUGGACACUGCGGUGCUGCGAAUCGGGCCCAGAUGCGUGUUGAAAUCGCCCAUCAUCCACACUGCUGUGCACCGAGGCAGGGUUUGCACAUGUUUUUUUUUUUGCACCAAAGUUUGAAGCUCUGUGAAGAAGGCCUGUUUGUCUUCAUCGCUCGCUGUUUCCUGCGGGGCAUAAGCAGUGAUGAAGGUGUGAUCCUGUGGGCCCUCAGCUUUACGAUCCACAUAUCGAACACCGCCAAUCCUGCCAGCACAACACUUCACUGGAUCAUAGCUCUCGGUGAACUUCUGCUUGUCAAGUCUCCCCACCUGAAGCAAAAGCAGAACGCCACCAUGUGUAUCACUCCCGGCUUUACUCCAAGAGAAGCAGAAGUAGAUUGGCCGGCCGUCUCUGCUGUAAACUGUCCAUUCUGA